CGCGCGCGCGCGCCUGUGUGUUCAGAAAAGUUAGCCAUGCGAGAGCAGGAAGUAGAAAUCUGUGACUUGGAUUUUGCGCAGCGCAGAUCAAAUCGAAAGCAUUAAUAAGUCGCGCUCCGUCAGUAUAGAGUUUUCCAUCACAUUUAUCCAGCUAUGCGACCAAAUGAAUGAACGGAUGUCUGGGAAUCAAAAAUGGCACAUCAGAUUUCUUCAAUGAUGAUAUGAUCUAACUGACACGCUGGAGCCUGAAACAUGUCGUACUGGUACGUGGGAGCCACUGUAGAUCCAGAAGGUACCAGCAACAGAAUGGAUGAACAAGCUGGUAUUCUGGAGAUGGGAGCCAAGCAGUCGGCGGUUGGCGGCGUUCCCCUCAGUCAGUCGCCCACUCUGAAGAACAUCCAGGAGGCCUAUACAGGCGGCGAGGACCAGAAGGCACUGGAGCUGAUUCGUCUUUCCUGCGAGAAUAACAACAGUGGUCGACCAGACGGGCUAGAGCUCCUGACUGUUGCCACUCAGAACGGUGAUUUGGAGAGCGUGCGGUUCUUGCUGAAGCAUGCACGAGUUCCAGUUCCACAGGAGCCCAGUGAGGGAAACCCUGCCGUCCUUGCUGCACAUUAUGGACAUCAGAUGGUGCUCAGAGAGCUGCUGGACUCCAUACCACGUCCGUGUGUCCGUAAGGAGCUGCUGAACUGGAUGUUAGCUACGGCAUGUCGGCAGGGUCAUAUGGAGGUGGUGAAGCUGCUGGUUGAGUCUUAUAAUGCUGACGCUGAUGACUGCGCUGUGCAUUCUGGAGAGUUUGCCAUCAUCACCGGUUUGCCCCUGUAUGCGGCCGCAAGAGCAGGAAAUAAGGAGAUUGCAUGUUUUCUGCUGAAGAAUGGAGCUGGUUUCUCUUCAUACACCUUGAUGGAUCACCCGGACUUCAGCCGGCAGCUGCUCAGAGAGCGCCACCUGGAGGACAAAGAAACACCUGCACAUAGAAGAGUAGAGCAGGCUCUGCAUGUUAAUUGGUCGGGUCUGAAGCUGCCCUGGUUGGAUCUGGACUGGUUCAUAGACGUUUCUUCUCGGAUCACAGUGCUGGAUCUGUCUCAUAACUGUCUGACCUCUCUGCCUUCAGUGGUACCUUGGGGUCUUAUUAACCUGUAUUCGCUCAACCUCUCCCACAAUCAGCUCAGAGAGUUACCCACACCAAUAUCAUCUCAGGAGAUCAUUUGCAGCAGAUUAUGCAACGUCAAUCUUUGUGAGAAUGAGCUGGAGUGUCUCCCAACCGGUUUGCUUCACCUCGGCCAGAUUCAGCGUCUUUCUGCGGCCAAGAACAAACUGAACAGCUUCUUUAUCAUCCCCAAUGGCACUAACUGGAUAGGUCUGCGUAAACUGCAGGAGCUGGACAUAUCAGACAACUACCUGACAAACCUCCCGUCCUCAGUACUGCACUGUCUGAAAUCUCUCAACAGUCUGAAUGUCAGCAGGAACAAACUCACCAGCUUCCCGGACCCCUGGGCCUGUCCUCUGAAAAUCUGCAAAGCUUCAAACAACCAGAUAGAGAGCCUCUCUGACACCAUCUCCAUCUUCUGGAGGACUCAUCUGAAGGAAGUGGACUUCUCUGAGAACAGCCUGAAGGAGCUUCCCUCAUACAUAUUUGAGCUGGAGGCGGUUGUCUCUCUGAAGUUGUGUGGGAAUAAAAUAUCCACUCUUCCCACUCCUAACAAAUGGAAAUGUUCUCAUCUCCGCACACUAGACCUAUCCAGAAACCAAUUGGGGAAGACAGGGGAACCUACCAAAACCAGGAAACUGGCCUUCUUCACUACGUGGCACAGAAGGGACCCAGAAACAGUUUGUUCCAUCCAGUUUCCCGUAAUAUUGCGGGAUUCUUUGGAAGUUCUCUUCCUGAACGACAACCAGCUGGAAUGUGUGCCGCCUUCAAUAUGUGCCCUCAGGAACCUCUCUGAACUCUAUCUUUCCAAUAAUCCAGGGAUCCAGGAACUUCCCACUGAACUUGGGCAGCUCUCCAACCUUUGGCAGCUGGACAUUGAAGACUUGAACAUCACCAAUGUUCCUGCUGACGUCAGGAAAGACGGUCCUGCUGCGGUUUUGGCAUACCUGCGAGCGGAGCUGCGUGGGGCGGAGCCCUGCAGGUUGCUGAAAAUGAUGGUGGUCGGUCCUCCCCGACAGGGCAAGAGCGCUCUGCUGGAAGGGCUUCAGACGGGCAAACCCUCACCGUUCCUCAACGCCGACUGCAGCGUUCACACCUCCGGCUGGGAACUGGAGAGACCCACGGGAGUUAAAUCUUCAAUCGAUUCGGUGUUCUUCAACGUGUGGGACAUUGGCGGCCCGGCUAGCAUGUCAACAGUAAACCAAUGUUUUUUCACGGAUAAGUCUCUCUAUGUCGUGAUUUGGAAUCUGGCUUUGGGAGAGGAAGCCGUGGCAAAUCUACAGUCCUGGCUACUCAAUAUCGAGGCCCGUGCCCCAAACUCUGCUGUUGUGGUAGUCGGCACGCAUUUGGAUCUCAUAGACACUAAAUUUCGUACGGAGCGUAUCGCAACCCUUAGGGCAUACAUCCUGGCACUUUGCAGAACCCCAUCAGGCUCACGAGCGAGUGGCUAUCCUGACAUUACGUGGAAACAACUACAUGAGGUAUCGUGUAAGACACUAGAAGGUAUUGAUGGUCUCAAGAGGUUGUUGUUCCAGGUUGCUUGCUCCAUGAAGGACAUCAGCAACCCAGCCAGCUGUCACAAACUCGUGGGAAGACUGAUUCCCAAAAGUUAUCUGAAACUUCAGGAGGCUAUAAUUGCUGAACGUGAGAGAAGAGAUGAGACAGACGAAGUUCAGUACCUGACUGACCUCGAGUUGGAGCAGAUUAUUGAACAGAGACCAGACAGUGAUAUCAAAGACUAUGAAGAUCUGCAAACUGCGAUCAGUUUCCUUAUUGAGACCGGCACCAUCCUGCAUUUCCCCGACACGAGCCACGGCCUGUGUAAACUCUACUUCCUGGAUGCCGUGUGGCUAUCCGAGUGUUUAGAACGCAUCAUCAACCUGAAGGGCUCGCGCUCCGUGGCUCGUAACGGAGUCAUCAAGGCCGAGGACCUUCGCAUGCUGCUGGUGGGAACAGGAUUUACAGAGCAAACUGAGGAGCAGUACUUCCAGUUCCUGUCCAAGUUUGAGAUCGCACUACCAGUUGCCAGCAACAGUUAUCUGUUGCCACACCUUUUACCCCCCAAACCUGCUAUGGACAUCCACGGCUUUCGCCAGCAGAGCAACAACAGCAUACAGCGUCAUUUUAAGAUGAGCUUCGUGCCUGCGGGAUUCUGGGAGCGCUUUAUAGCCAGAAUGCUUAUCAGUUUAAACCAGAUGGAUUUGCAGGCUUUCGAGAUCAAAAAGAACACCAAGAACCACAGGAGCCGUAAUACGGUGAUCUACAGCUUUGCAGGGAACCAGCAGCGAAAUCGCUGCAGCACGUUUCGUGUGCGUCGCAGCCAGACCAUCUAUUGGAAGGAAGGCCUGCUUGUUACCUUUGAUGGUGGAUAUCUGAGCGUAGAGUCCUCUGACCUGAACUGGAAGAAGAAAAAAAGCGGAGGAAUCAAGAUUAUCUGCCAGUCGGACACAAGGGAUUUUUCUGCGAUGGCAUUUAUCACCGAUCAUGUUAACUCUCUCAUAGAGCAGUGGUUUCCUGCACUGACAGCCAGCGAGAGUGAUGGCUCUCUCCUCAUCGAGCAAUACGCUCCCUGCCCGUACUGCAGCUCUGUACCCAGAAUGUCAGACAGUUUGCCUCUCCCUGACUCAAAUCAUAACACCGUCCACUACUUCAACAUGGAAGACUGUGUCCUAGCAGCCGUGGACAAAGAGUACAUCAUGUGUCCCAAUCACCCCAAACAGCCUGUACCUCUUCAGGAACUGGUGCCUGAGCUCUUCAUGACUGACUUUCCUUCACGGUUGUUCCUGCUGAAUACUGAUCUUGAAUGGAGAGAACAGGAAGCAGAUAUACUGGGUCAGGGUGGCAGUGGUACCAUCAUCUACAGAGCCAAAUACAGGGGCCAUCCGGUGGCCAUCAAACGCUUCCACUUCAAGAAAUGCAGACAGCAGUCGCUCAACACUGGCACAGAUACCAUGGUAAAACACCUGCAGUCCAUGGACGCAGCUAGAAGCUUCUCAGAGUUUCGUCAGGAGGCCAGCAUGCUGCACUCACUCCAACACCCCUGCAUCGUGGCCCUGGUUGGCAUCAGCAUACACCCGCUGUGCUUCGCCCUACAGCUGGCGCCACUGGGAAGCCUAAACACCAUCCUGGAGGAACGUGCUAAAGGUUCUCAAUACGUGCCCUUGGGCCACAUGCUGACGUUUAAAGCGGCAUAUCAGAUCGCAGCAGGCCUGGCCUACCUGCACAAGAAGAACAUUAUCUUCUGCGACCUCAAGUCUGACAAUAUCCUGGUGUGGUCUCUGGAGGUGGAGGAUUCUGUUAACAUCAAGCUUUCAGACUAUGGCAUCUCCCGGCAGUCCUUUCACGAGGGAGCUUUAGGGGUCGAGGGCACGCCUGGGUAUCAGGCACCUGAGAUUCGGCCUGGCAUCGUCUAUGAUGAGAAGGUGGAUAUGUUUUCGUAUGGCAUGGUUCUGUACGAGCUGUUGUCUGGCCGCAGACCUUGCAUGGGCCAGCACCUGCUGCAGAUCGCUAAGAAACUGUCUAAAGGAGUGAGACCUGUGCUGGGCAGCCCAGAGGAAGUGCAGUUUUACUGCCUCCAGGCUCUCAUGCAGGAGUGCUGGGAUACCAAACCAGAGAAGCGUCCUCUGGCUGCUCCUCUCUUAAGACACAUGCAGGAACCCAGCUUUGCUUGUCUCAGAUACCUGCUGCCCUGCCAGGAACACAGUCAGCUCUUCCUCUCCCCACUGCAAGGUCACAGCGCUGUAUUCUGGGAUGGAGACAAAAACGACAGGAACUAUACCGUGAUAAACUUGGCCAAAGGGCAGGUGGAGGUAAAGCGGAUGCCAUGCCCUGGAGCACGACUCAGCUGCCAGCUGAAGAUGGAGAACAGCCUGUGGACAGCCACCGAGGAACAGGAAGUCUUUAUCUACAGCCUGAAAGAGAUGUGUCCCUUGAGUCUCCCUCAGAAAGUGCUCUCUUGUCCAUCCGUGGUAACCUGCCUCUUUUUACUGCCCGCCAGGAAAGAGUCUUUCCCGCAGGUGUUUGCGGGCAUGUCUGAUGGUCUGGUGGCUGUUUAUUCUGUGGUAGAUGACAUGCCAGUUGAGGGGGAAACCUACAUCUGUUCACACACUGUCAACAAGCAUCUACACGGCAUGGACGACGCCGACCUUCGUCAGAGGCCGUACCCUGUCCGAAGCAUCGUGCCCGUGCGCACCGGAUCGGAGGUGUGGUACACCAACGGUCCUGGAUUGCUUGUCAUCAACAGCCACAACCUUCAACCCAUCUGCCGUCUGGACCCAUUUCUCCCACCUUCUAGCAUAAUCUCCAUGUCCACAUCCACCAGCUGCUGGGGCGACGAGGUCGUCUGGUGCCUCGACAACCACACCAACUCGCUCCUGAUGUAUCACGCCGCUAGCUACCAGAUUUGUGCCACUUACAACUGUAGCGACACGAACCCUCUGCGCGACAUCUUCCCCGUGCAAAGGCCGGCAGGGGUCAUGACGUCCGUGACCACUUCUGCUGCUAUAGAAGAGCCUCUUUCGAACAACCAAGAACUUGUAACAAUAACGGUUACGCACAGCGUCGACGCCGGGACGCAAAUCCUCUGCCAGCAGGACUCUCUAGAUUACUGCUCAAUGACUUCCUCGGGGUUCAGCUCGGAACAGCUGGAUCAGAUUGGAGAUUUGGAGCAGGCCGGUUCAGGUCUUCCUCACAUUGAGCGUUCUAGCUCUGGACCUCUCAGCUCCCUGACCAGCUCCAGCAGUAUGCCUCUCUCCACAGACUUCGAAGAGACAGACAGGCCACUCGACGAGCUAGCUUCAGUCGAAUCGUCACCAUCCAGGAGUGCAGCGGAUCCAGAACUAACUGCACCAAACAUACCGCUGCGAACGAGGGCUGUAAACAUAAUAGCUGUCAAUGGCACCAUAUGGAUUCCUAGGCGUGGAGGUGACAUCAUGGUUAUAGAGGUUCAGGAUCAGUCGGGAUCACUCCGGGGUCGUGUGAUAGCCGUGUUGACGGUCAGCGGAACAUCGGAGUGCGGGGCUCUCGUGGAGGCCGCGCUGGUUGCAAAAGACACUGUUGUGUGUGGCUUCCGUAAAGAAAACAUGGCCUGGUGCCUCGCUGUCUGGAGGAGCUGGGGAGGCCGAGAACUAGAGCUCUUCUACCAGGGCUACGAGGACCUCGGACGCUUGGAGAGCAGUUUGAGGAAAAGGAGGUAGCUGUGUAAACGUGCGAGUGCGCGGCGGAGAAUCGGCGUACUGUGCGGCCAGUAACGAAAUGCACACACAUCGAUACGCAGGUGUGGAGCGUGGCUUGUGCUCCUGGCCAGGGGGAAAACUCACAUACAGUACACACAUACACACUAAGGCUGUUGCUUUAGGAAAUAUAAACCUGCAGGUCGCAGGGAAGCCACACAUUGGGUUAUAUGCAUAAAGGCAAACGGACGUACCACCACACCCGCUGAGUGUAUUUAAACUCAUACAUUUGUCGAGUUUGCAGGCAGUAAUACACGAGUAUGUACCCAGUACAUCCAAUUAGAGGUCAAUUAAUAAACUUAAAAAUCGGUGGUGAGGGUCAUUCAACCUUAAACUUUGCCAAAGGGUAUGUCUGUAUGCCCAGUAACCUCUCAAAUCACCUUAAUCACCAAACCUUUAAUUGAAGGACAACCUUUGUGUAUAACCUUAGACCUGGAAGUGGCCAGCAAUAAGAUUGAAGAAUGAACCGAAAGGAAACUCCGCCCACUCUGUGAGGUCAUAAUAAAGGCAGGGUUUUGUUUACUGUGAAUAAAAGAGGCUAUGUUGGACAUGGAAUACUGUACUGACAUGGAGUACUUGUUGUAUAUUGCCAACCCUAGACAUAUCUUGCAUGAAUUAUUAAUUAAUUGAUUAUACUAUAUUACAGUUCACACGUCACACUGGAUCAUGUUGAGUGCAUUGUGGGAUACAUUAAUCCAAGCAUAUGAGUUUUAUUUAUGUUGUUUCUAACAUAGCCAGAACACUCAGUUCAGUGUUCCACGAAUACCAUCACCAUGACAUUUUCCUAUUGUGAAAUAUAUUUUAGGAUUUUAUCUCUAUAAGAUGUGUUAUUUAUUGGAGAAUGUCAACAUCUCAUGCUGCAUGUGUAUAAAAGUUGUAUCUGAACUGUAAAUAUCCUGAUUAUUAAUAAUAAACUGAACAAAACAUUGCA